AUGGCCCUGGAAAAUGCUUCCUUGGUCACUGAGUUCAUCUUGAUGGGGUUAACAAACAGACCUGACCUACAAAUACCCCUGUUCCUACUCUUUCUGGUGAUGUACAUGAUAGCUACCUUGGGGAAUUUGGCUUUGAUCAUGCUGAUUGUUCUGAAUUCUCACCUUCACACUCCCAUGUAUUUUUUCCUCCUUAACUUGUCCUGCAUAGACCUUUUUUAUUGUUCAGUCAUUACACCUAAAAUGCUGAUGAACUUUGUACUAAAGAAGAAUGUUAUUUCUUAUGAGGGAUGCAUGACCCAGUUCUACUUCUUUGCCUUUUUUGCAAUUUCUGAAUGUUAUGUGCUGACAGCAAUGGCCUAUGAUCGCUAUGUGGCCAUUUAUAAUCCACUCUUGUACAACAUUGUAAUGUCUCCUAAGGUGUGUUCUUAUCUUAUGAUUGGUACAUAUUUGAUGGGGUUUUCUGGUGCCAUGAUCCACACUGGAUGUAUCCUAAGCUGCUUGUGGACGUUACAUGGAAAACUAAGAUGUGAUGUCAGUGGAACUUUCCCUAUGAAUUUUAAGAUGUUCUUUGUAGUAAGAGCAAAUGUCAUUGGAUCUACCAUAGUUUAA